CUCUCUCUCACUCCAUCUCUCAUACACAGAUUAAUUAAUCUCUCUGCUGAUCGAAUCUGUCUGUCUUCUCAGAGUCCAUAAGAUUGAUCUCUCUCUCUCUCUCUCAGCUUUUGCGAGCGUCGUUUUUCUUUCUUUUCGUUCGUGAAUCGAAUACGAAUAUACUUUUACUUUCUCAAGAGUUAUGGGGAGUAGAGCAUCUGUGGGACUCAUCUUAGUUGCGGUGACCGGUUUCUUGUGCUCUUCCGAUGCCUAUGUCUUCGCCGUUGGUGGCAAAGACGGGUGGGUUCGGCAGCCUUCCGAGGGUUACAAUCAGUGGGCUGGGAGAUACAGGUUUCAGAUCAACGAUUCGCUCCUUUUCAAGUAUAAGAAAGGAGCCGACUCGGUCCUGGUCGUGACGAAGGACGGCUACGCUUCCUGCAACACCAAGAGCCCUCUGGUCUCUCUCACUGAUGGCGACUCACUCUUCACCUUCAAGCGAUCGGGCCCCUUCUUCUUCAUCAGUGGAAACCCAGAGAACUGCAACAACGGCCAGAAGCUGAUUGUGGUCGUCCUCGCUCCAAGGACCAAAGCCCCCACGCCUCAGCCGCCUUCUUCUCCACCCCCAGCCAUCCCGCCCAUGUCCCCACCCGGCGGUCACAUGCCGCCGCCUCCUCCAUCUGGCAUGGUGCCGCCUCCAGGAGUCCCAUCUCCUGCUAGUCCGCCAGCUGAGCCUGGGACUAACCCAUCGGGCUCAAAUCCGGUUGGUCCUCAGGCGCCAGCUCCUUCCCCGAGCUUUGCUCAGAAGGGAAGUUCUUGCUCAGGGGCCAUGGUGUUAGGGUUUAGUGGCCUAGUGAGUUACUUGGUGUUGGGUAAGGUCUUGGUGUAGUGGCAGUGGGGCGGACUAUUAUGUCAAUUAAUUUGACAUAUGUCUCCUCAUUAAUUAACUAGGAAAACCUACUUUCUUUUAGGCUGUUGUGUUAAUCAAGAAUUAUUAUUUGUGUGCGGUAUUUAAUUAAGUGACUUCCUUAAUCU